CCUGCUAGGCAAGCUGUCGCUGCGCUGAGGUUGUGGUUGUGAGAACACCGCGCACUUCCAGCUUUGUUUACGGAUUGGACUGGUUUGCUCUCGCCUGCUGCGGCACAGGCUGAGGCAUCGGGUCGAGUUUUGGCGCCGCAGUCUUGGGCGCCGGUGGUACCGGCUCGCUCUUCGGCUGAGACGUCCGCCGUGAUUCGUGCCAUGUCUCGGUCUUCGUGUCGAAUGACGGCCGAACCACUUGCUCUGCCUGCUGCUUAUCGUUGGCCGAUGAUGUGUGGUGCCGGUGUCGAGCCUGAAAGUGAUCAAGAGAGUCGGAUACAUGCAUGAGUUCGAGAUGUUGCAGUGCCCGCCAGUACCUGCAGACAAGACGUCUUGGUCGGGUGGUGGCCACGUGUGCCUGUGUGCGCCAGCAUGAGUCGCUCUUCUUCGUGGGCCUGUACGCGGUGCGCAAGCACCUAGAGGGGCGAGGUAUUGGCACCCGCCUGUGGCGCACCAUGGCCAGGCGCCUUGGAGACUGCAACGCGGGCCUCAACACCAUGCCCAAGCACCUCAGCACGUACCAGAACCGCGCGGGUUUCGGCCACCUCGACACGUGGAACACACUCGUCUAUACCGGCACUGCCGUCAGCACCGACAAGCUGGCACGGCCUACAGAUGAGUUGGGCGCCGUGCCUGUGAGCGCCAAGCUUUUGCCCCAGGUGAUCGCUUACGACGCCCUAGUGCACUGCUACAACCGCGAGAAGGCGGUCACCUACACAGUGUACGACACGGACGGGUUCGCUCGCGCCGUAGUCCGGCGGCGGCCCGACGGCAGCGAAGUCGUGUGCGGCUUCGGCAAGAUCGGCACCAACAUCCUGGGCGGCGCCAUGAUGGGACCCGUGUACGCCGAGGAUCGCCAGGCGGCCGACGUGCUGCUUCGCGCACUGGUGGACGGGAACCCGCUGACGCGCGUCGGCCUCGUCAUGAUGGUGGUCGACUGCAACCCGGACGGCAUCGCCUUGGCCGAGGACCUCGGCCUCGAGUCGAAGAGGCGCGUGCCCCGGUGCUACCGCCGGGCCAUCGUGCCGGCCCGCUUCGAUCACAUAUUCGCGCAGCACGACGUCAACUUCUCGGCCUUCUAAGACGAAGUCGCAUGUCCCGUGUACGUCGUUUGGCGGGGGGUGGCAAGUGACGCACUGUCGUUGAACUCGGUGUAUACCGUCGCCGGGAGCAGGUUUCGAUCCUCUCGCCGUCCUCGCCCUCAGUCAGAGCGCGGAAGGUCUGAACAUGACUUGGGCUCUAUAAAACAUAUCUGUUGCACCCUCGCGGAGCUGGCGGAAAUUGGGCGAGUUAUCACGCCUUCGACUCAUACCCAGAUAUAUAAAAGGUGAUCGAGAGCUCGUUCAUGUCGGCCCCUGUUUUAAAACUUCGGUGACUGCACGGAAAGUCAGUGCAUAUCCCGGGUGUCGGG